AACACCAGCAUGCAGGCUGUGGCUUUUCACUCAGACAUGUUCAGGCUCUGUUAUUUCAACGUUCCCGUCUCAGAGGCGGAUCGACACCGGCUCCUUAAUGUUACUUCACUCAGCGCAGCGAGACGCAUAUCGGCACAAUCCUCCCGCAAAAAGGCCGAGUGACAGCGGCUAUAGACAGGCAUGGAGAGCAGACCGAGCUAGAAACUCAGCCAACUCUUGCUGUGGCUGCUCCUGCUGCUACCGUUAAAUUUGAAGGACUCACUAAAACCAACAGGAUGAAGGUAAAAUGGACCCAGCUGGGUUUGGUGUUCUUCCUCGUUUUAUCUCUGGUGAUGACAGGAUGCUUCUUCUGGCAAUAUCAGCUGCCAAAAGUCCUGCCAGAUGACGGCAUGGGUCGUAAUGCAAAAUCAGAGAUGAUGUGUCCCCGUUUCCCCUCUCCUCUUCAGCUGGAACAUCCUAUCCCUAGUCUGAAAGAGGCCCUGGAAAAGGUGGACGUUUUGCUUCGGCAAAGCAUCAACCCCAUCAGCCUUCCCUCUCUAUCCGCCAUUGUGAUCUUAAAUGACACUGUUUUGUGGACUGGCAACUUUGGAAAAAGGAAUGGCAGUGACCCACUCUCAGGACCACCCAACGAGUACACGAUUUAUAGAAUUGCCAGCCUAUCCAAAAUCUUCCCAACUCUGAUGAUGUACAAACUGUGGGAGGAUGGUAAGAUUGGCUCCCUAGAUGAUCCGCUGGAGAAAUAUGUGGAGAACUUCACCAUCAAAAACCCUCUGGGCAAGUCGCGAGACUCGGAGCUGAAAUAUGUGACAGAUGGCCUGAUAUUUCUGGACAGCGGGGAGGUUCAGAUCCGCUCCUCUUCAGUCACCCUGCGCAGGAUGGCAAGCCAGCUCUCAGGCCUACCAAGGAGACUGCGAGCCACAAAUCUGCUCUGGAAAGGAAAAACACAAUCUGCAAUCAAUCUGCUACAAGAUGAUGUACUUGUCGCAGACCCAGGCACAAAAUGUCACUACAGCAACCUCGCCUUCUCACUGCUGGCUCAUGUGAUGGCUGAACGAGUUGCCGCUGUUGACUACCAGCGGUGGAUUACAGACAACAUUCUGGACCGGCUUGGGAUGGAGGACACUGGCUUUGACAUCAACCCAGGUCUCUUAAGCCAGACGGCUGUGGGAGUGUACUCCAACGGAAAACCAGCCCCGCUUUAUGAUCUGGGUUGGUACCGGCCCUCGGGUCAGAUGUUCUCCACUGCCGCAGACUUGGCCAAGCUUGCCAUGAUGCUGCUGGGCGCUUACCACCGCAAGCUGCUGGACCCAGACUCGCUGAAGAUCAUGCUGACCCCACUCUUCAGGUGUGAUAAGGACUACUUUGCAAACCGUACCGGGACGCCGUGGGAAGUGAAUGAGCUGAUGGGCUACGAGGUGGUGCGUAAAGAUGGUGAUCUGGACGGCUACUCUGCCACUUUCUCCCUGGUGCCCAGACUGAAGCUCGGUCUGGUGGUGCUAAUGGCUGGCAGCCGGUCUCAGAACCAGGAUGUGGUCACCAAGGCCUACAACCACAUCAUCCCAGCCAUAGAAAAAGCCUUCAGGGAGGCCAAGAAGGUCCUCUUUGCUCCCCCAAACCCAGAACCUUACAUUGGCUUUUUCACCUACAGCAACAUCACCUUCUAUGAGAUCAAAGUCGGGCCAGACGGUGUUCUCAUCAUGCAACAGUUUGGGCCUCAGAUUGAAGAGUUGAUCCCAGAGAAGUACAGGACAAUAAAGCUCAACUACCUGGUUGACCGGGUGUUCAGAGUGGUUUUUGAAAAAGAGUACCCUUGUGUUUUGCAAGUUGGCACGGCCUCAGUGUCUCUGGAAGCUCAAGAUGGCCAAUUAUUUAACUUCUACACGUUUGACAAGCAGGGUUUGUCCCCUGGUUUUGAUGCACCAGGACUAAACACAUAUAAUGUGGUCAGAAUAGCCCGCAGGCCAUCCUUCUCGAGCUGAACUGCAGCAAUGCUGCGCCCUAAAGACAAAUGGUGUGUCCUUUGGAUAUGUGAGGGACUGUAAACAAAAAAGUGGCUGUGACCAAAUGGAAAAGCUGGGGUCGUUUUGGUAGUCAAAGUGUGCUCUGAUUUACAGAGACCACAAAGAGGGACGGAAAUAUGUAUAAUGUUUUGCACAGAAAAUGAAAUUAAGAAUUAAUUUAUCUGUUGAAUGAUGUAUAUAACGUCGCCCUUACACUGGUCCUUCAUUAUGCCUCUGAACAUUCCCAUUAUGGUGAUACAGUACUUGUGUGCUUGUUUCCUGCUUUAAUUUAAAUCGCUUUUGUUGUCUUGGUCUCCCCUGUCCUUGAGUUUUCAUGAGAAACAACAGCAGAACACUUGCUCAAAUCAAACUCACGUUGUGCUCAUUUGCAUGAAUAUUUACAUGCAUCUCCUUUUAAAUUCUUCCAUGACUAUGACUGCAGUUCCACGAAAUCAUCAACUCAUACAUGUUUGUAUUCCACUGGCAAAGGAAAAAAA